AUGGUUAAACCUUCAACAAUUAUAAAAGCUUCGAAUAUAUUAGCUUACUUAUUGUUUCUUGCUGUAAACAUUAUUUGGGGAUUUGGUCCUAAUCAGGGAAAAUCUCCUUAUAAUCAUGAUUCAGUUAAUACAUAUAUUAACCCGGCUUUCUUCACUUUUUAUAUUUGGGCUAUUAUUCAUCUCUUCCUUGCUGGAUUUGAAAAAUAUCCUUCUCAAGACAAAUAUGAACUGUUCUUAAUCCAUAUUCCUUUUUCCCUUUAUCAUGCUUGGAUCUUUGUUUUAACAAUACUUACCACUUUUGCUUCAUUUACUCCUUAUAAAUCUAAUAUUAAUGAUGAAGGUCCAACUAUUGUAGUUCUAGUUUUAGUAAUAAUAGCUUUAAUUUUAAUGGAAGUUGUUGCUAUUGUAUAUAUUGAAAGAUUUAAAGAUGUAGCUGGUGCAUCAAUCAUUGCUUGGACUUUAUUUGGAAUAGCUGUUGAACAAGAAGAUUUAUUAAUUCAUUGGAUUGCUUUAGCAUUGAUGGUCUUGUGUGGUUUACAUAUUUUUAAACCUUAUAUGAUGAAAAUGGUUCGUAAAGAUAGUGGUAGUUCAAUUUUUUCUUUCAAAUAA